AUGUGGCCGGCCCCGCUCCUCCGCCUGUCCGGGCCGCCGGGCCCGCUGCUGGCGCUGCUGCUGCCGCUGGCGCUGCUGGCGCUGCUGCUGCGGGGCUGCCGGCGCCCGCCCCGCCGCGGGGCGCCCCUGCCCGCCGAUGGAAAAGCAGUGCUGAUCACGGGCUGCGACAAAGGGUUUGGCCACGCCUUGGCCAGGCAUCUUCACGGGCAGGGAUUCACGGUCUUUGCCGGCUGUUUGUUCCUGGACCGAGGAGGAGAUGGUGCCCGAGAGCUGCGCAGCCUGGGCUCCGAGCGAAUGCAUGUCCUCCAGCUGGACGUGUGCUGCGAAGAGGAGGUGGCACAGGCCGUCCAAUUUGUGAAGGAGCACCUGGAGGAACCUGCCCAAGGUCUGUGGGGCUUGGUGAAUAAUGCUGGAAUCGCCUCCUUUGGGGACGUGGAAUUCACCAGCAUGGAGAAGUACAAGAGGGUGGCUGACAUCAACUUAUGGGGGACCAUCCGUGUAACAAAGGCUUUUCUGCCCCUGAUCCGCAGAGCCAGAGGGCGGAUCGUUAAUGUGAGCAGCAUGCUGGGCCGGAUGGCCAGCCCACUGCGCUCUUCCUACUGCAUCUCCAAGUUUGGGGUGGAGGCCUUCACGGACUGCCUGCGGCAGGAGAUGUAUCGCUGGGGUGUCACGGUGGUGGCCAUUGAGCCGAGCAACUUCAUUGCAGCCACGGGGAUCCUGACCCCGGAGGGCAUCGAAGCUGAGGCUGGGCACAUGUGGCACGGGGCCAGCGAGACCACCCGGGCCGAUUAUGGAGAGGCUGACUUCCAGGCAAAGGUCUGCCGGAUGAAGGGCUUCGCCCACAGCGGCCUGCAGGAUAUGUCCCUGGUUCUAGAUGACCUGACUGAGGCGCUCACCGCCAGGUACCCCUACACCCGCUACACCCCCAUGGAGUCCUCCUGGUGGCUCCGUCUGCAGGCCGUGACCCACCUGCCCACCGCCCUGGCCGACUGGCUCUACGUCCGUUAGGUGGCCUCUGGGCAGGCUGGAGAAGACGGCCAGCUUUCACUUGCUGUCUCCCCCAGGGGAGAAAAGUCACAUCCAGGUGGAAUCAAGAGCAAUAAUAGCUGAGUUAGCCAUGUGAGGAAAAAUCCAAAAUCUACUGAGACAAUGCCUUUAUUAGCACAGCUGAAGGGUUCACAAAAUGGUUGCGAGUUUUGACUUUCCCAGAACUCUCCAUUGGGCACGACGCUUAGAUGGGAGGGGGGAACCCCGCACGUUGGAAGAUGGUGCCAACCCUUACCUGCCUGGUGCUCCUUGAAACUCAAAGACCACCUAGCCUAACAGUGUGGAGUCCACAGGCCGGGAGAGGCCCUGUGUGGAAAGCCUUGGUGGGAUCCGAGUCACAUGCAGACAAUAUACCUUGUAGAAUGGAUGAGGGUUUCGUAUGCGGUCCAAACUGUACUUAAUUU